AUGAUUGUCACUGUACAUUUAUUUAUUUAUUUUAAUCUGGUUUCCGACCCGGACAUAGUUGUUCAGUUGCACGCGGAACGGCAAAGCGCGGUAGGUAGAAGGUGCAGUGCCUUCUUGUUAGAUGUGGGUACUACGUUCGGCGACAGUGGGCCAAUGGGCUUGUCACACGAGUUAUCAACAGCUGAUGUACCAUUACAAACAACUGACGUACAGACAGAGACGGAAAAGACAGCUAUCGCACAAGUAGCUAGUCGUGCUCGUGAUAGUGUCGAUGCACUCGCACCUGUGUCAGAUAUGCAUAAGGCUGACCACUUUACAUCUGUAGGCGUGACUGCUUAUAACGGUGCGGAUGGGCGGCAAUCAUUCAGCGCAGGAGGCACUAAAGUAACUCCUAUUCCAAUGCACAACUCACCGAGUAAAAGCAAGAUGAAUGAUGAUAAAACAAUUGUAGUGAAUAAGUCUACUAACAAUAAUAACGCAAUAAAAGAUACAUCAUGUGAUGUUAAUUUUCAGACUUCGCUAACUAUGGCCGAAAUAUUGAAAAAAGGUGAAGCUUGGAAAAAUGAAGAAUCGCCAGAGGCCUGGAUAAAAGUUCAAAUGCGCAGAUUGCGUAACCGUUUUAUAGAGAUCAGCUCAGGCCAGUUGUAA